AACGCUCUCUAACCCUUUCUCAUUCAAAACUCACUUCCUCGAUUCCCAAAGCUCUCUAAAAUUUCUGUAUUUGAAGGGGAUUGUGGAGAAUGGACUCUAUGAUUGUAUGCAAGUCUGUGUGCUCGGCUCCUGGGUUAUUUGUUGGACCAGGCAGAGGAAUUAGGAGUUCACAAUGUAGCUUUAUGGUGGGAAAUAAUCCAAACUUUCAUAAGAUAAGCUUUCCAAGGCAAAGGGCUACUUUUACCGCCCGGAGAUCUAAGAAAUGUGGUGGAGCUUUAAGUGCUACUUGUCGUGAUGAGAAGAUUCUAAUUGCUAACAGAGGUGAAAUUGCAGUUAGGGUCAUCAGAACUGCACAUGAGAUGGGCAUACCAUGUGUUGCUGUCUACUCCACAAUUGAUCAGGAUGCUCUUCAUGUGAGACUUGCAGAUGAGGCAGUUUGCAUUGGGGAAGCACCAAGCAGUCAAUCGUACUUGUUUGUUCCGAAUGUCUUAUCUGCUGCCGUUAGUCGUGGAUGCACCAUGUUGCACCCUGGGUAUGGUUUCCUUGCUGAAAAUGCCGGUUUUGUUGACAUAUGCAGAGAACAUGGAAUCAACUUUAUUGGACCUAAUCCUGACAGCAUCAGAGUCAUGGGUGAUAAAUCUACUGCCAGGGAAACAAUGAAGAAAGCAGGUGUUCCAACUGUACCUGGAAGUGAUGGCCUAUUGCAGAGCACGGAAGAGGCUAUCAGGCUUGCGGAUGAAAUUGGUUAUCCUGUGAUGAUCAAGGCUACUGCUGGAGGUGGAGGACGUGGAAUGAGACUGGCAAAGGAACCUGAGGAGUUUGUAAAGUUGCUUCAGCAAGCUAAGAGUGAGGCUGCAGCUGCAUUUGGCAAUGAUGGUGUUUAUUUGGAGAAAUACAUCCAAAAUCCAAGGCACAUUGAGUUCCAGGUUCUUGCAGACAAGUAUGGAAAUGUUGUUCAUUUUGGGGAGCGUGAUUGCAGUAUUCAGAGAAGAAAUCAAAAACUCCUUGAGGAAGCUCCAUCUCCUGCUUUGACCCCAGAACUACGUAAAGCAAUGGGUGAUGCUGCUGUAGCAGCAGCUGCAUCUAUAGGUUAUAUUGGUGUUGGAACUGUGGAAUUUCUCUUGGAUGAAAGAGGUUCCUUCUACUUCAUGGAAAUGAACACUAGGAUCCAGGUCGAGCAUCCUGUAACUGAAAUGAUUUCUUCAACUGAUCUGAUUGAAGAGCAAAUUCGUGUGGCUCUUGGAGAGAGACUGACAUACAAGCAGGAGGAUAUUGUUCUUAGAGGACACUCAAUCGAGUGUCGUAUAAAUGCUGAAGAUGCCUUUAAAGGGUUUCGACCGGGGCCAGGGAGAAUCACAGCAUAUCUGCCUUCCGGAGGUCCGUUUGUAAGAAUGGACAGUCAUGUUUAUCCUGACUAUGUUGUUCCUCCAAGCUAUGACUCCUUACUAGGAAAGCUUAUUGUAUGGGCUCCCACCAGAGAGAAGGCCAUUGAACGAAUGAAAAGAGCUCUUGACGACACUGUUAUUACAGGAAUCCCUACGACAAUUGAUUACCAUAAACUGAUCCUUGAUAUUGAGGACUUUAGAAACGGAAAGGUUGAUACUGCAUUCAUACCCAAGCACGAGAACGAUUUGGCUGCUCCACAGAAAAUGGUGGUAGCCACACCGGAGAAAGAGUUAGCUGGGACGGCCGCCUAAGGCUCAAUUUACAUUUCACUUCCAUUUACGUUCUCAUGAAUAUUCUUAUUGCACAUCACCAAAAUUUCUUGAGAAUAUG